GAAAUUUGUUUGUGCACUAAUAUACAACUGGCAGACCAGGUUGUCGACUGAUUUCACACUCAGAUAUCCGCAGUCAAAUGACCUUCAAUUUCCUCUGUUAGUUGAUCAGGUUUCUUGGGCAGCGCCGCCAUAAUGGCUGAGGCGAAUCGAGGAUGGGGGCUUCAGGAAGAAUCGUCUUUGUGGGUAUCCAGGUGGGCAAAACGUCAGUUUCUUGCGUCUGGAUUUUUCAGGAGUAUGUAUUCUUUUCAGGAGUGUGAAGUUCUCGAGUCCAGCUAUCAUCACUGGACAACGGUCAUGGUAGUGAGUCCUUAUGGGUUGUCCUGUCCCGGACAAAAGCGGUUUCUCGGUCCAAUCCCAGAUCCCCAAGAAGUUCCGGACCUCGGAGAAAAGGGAAGGUGAGAGACAACCAAGGCCGCAACGAACAGGCGUGGAAACAAACAUUGUUAAAAUCCUAUGUUAUAACAUUUAGAGUGGAGACAAAUGAUGUACAAUGUGCAGCAAUG